AUGGAACCUGAAGUUCCCGCAUCCCCCGAAUCUUCAGCGUCAGAUAGCGAAUCCUACAACACAGAAUCGGCGCGCCUCUACUUUGGCCCGCUCAAGACUCCCGAGCGAAAAUUUGUGGCUUCCUCCAAGCAUCUCUUUCCACCUGUGCAAACCCCGCCGCUUCGUCGUUCGCCGCGCCUAUCAAGUCCUCGGCCAAGAUCAGUCACCCCAGUCGAUGCAGAAGAUACAGCAGAAGAGAAUGAAGAUAUCGAGCGUGUAGCUCAGCUGGUAAAUGGAGACGAGGAGGACGAUGAGGACACGUCGAACUCGCAGUCUGGGACGCCACAGAGGGGUGAUAUCACGCCGGAUGAACCGUCAUCUGCGUUGGCAGAAAGGAUAUCCCAUGCCCCUGACAAUCCCUCACCGCCACCAAGCCCUCCCGCUGCACUGACGCUCUUCGAUCCCUUGCACACGAGCUUCCUGGAGACCUCAGGGGACUACCAAGCCGACCUUAUGUCUCUUAGAAUCAACGAUGGAACCGAAGGAGGGGGUGCAAAUUCCUUGGUCGCAUUCACGGGCACAGACCCACCAUCUCUUUUGAUGUCGGCGCCAAUUCCAACUCGGUCUGCAGAGGAGCACCUGCUUCAACGAGACUUGAUAUCAUUUGACUCCUUCACCGACAUUCCUGCACCCGUCUUCCCUGAUAACGACAUGACCCUCAAUUCCCCGUAUCCUGCCCCUCAGCAGGCCCUCUCUGUGGACGACAUGUUCUCACAUUCGCCGAACCGCAACACACCAGGCCCGCAAGAGGCAAUUCAUAUUCCUGUCCUGAUAGUCGAGCCGCCGAAGGAGGUCAUUCACACAGAAGAUGAAUGCAUGGCUGUUGACGCAUAUUACCCUAAGGAAACGGCUGUUGAGAUGGAGCACGAUCACAUCCCGCCAACUAAUGAGCUCAUUCAGCCGCAAAGUCAUGAGAGCGAGCAAAUGGACGUCGUGCAGCCUGCCGCGCCACAAGCUAGCCUGGGAGAUGAAUUAAUGACAACACCCUUGCGCAGAUCUAUGCGUCCUCGAAGAAGCGUGUCGCCGCAUCCUCUCCCUGCACCUCUACCGGUUUUUGUCCCUCCCUCGCCGUCCCCUGCGCGUACUCAAGUCAAGAAAAGGGUCACUAAUAUGCCUGCAGAUGAUGAGAUUGUAAGCGACUCCCAGGAUGAAGGAGAAGGCCUCAGAGCAUCACCUUCACGAACGACACCGACCUCCAAUCGAAUUAGACAGCGCAGUCCAGGGAAGGCACCGUUGUCCUUUCACAGAGCACUUGGCUCUCUUUCUCCGACUUCUGCAAAUGUUUUGUCCACGUUGGCCUUCAGCGCAGAUCAACCUUCCACGAGCAACACCGAAUCGCUGUCUUCCUCCAACCCUCCAUCCAUGUUUUCAUUUUCCGUGUUCUCGGCUGAAGCGUCUGCCGCACCGAGCACACCUGUGCGUUCUGACGGUCCUAUUCGAUUCUCUAGCCCCUCCAAAGGUUCUCCCAGUAAGCUGCAGCUACAGACGCCUGCGCCCAACGAUCCUACCAAUACGCCUGCCCGCAGAAUACCGAUGGAACAGGCAAUUGCGCAAGGGCAUGUCUCUCCGGAAAAAGCCGCUCAGCUCGGAUUCAAAGCCAGUAUUAAUGGAACAACGCUGCCGUCCGUGUCGACACCAGCAAGGCGGGUUUUAAUCUCGGAGAGGACGGUAGUACCCUUGUCGAAAUCCAGUACCGUACGGCCUGCGAGUCCGCUCAAGGCAGGGCCCGUUCAGCGAGAGAGGUCGGCGGAGCCGAGUCAGAGAGUCAUGUCGUCUCUGAAGGGUAAGGAAAGGGCGGGUUCUGUCACUCAGGACUUGUCGUCGUCGGUCAUCAAGCCGGGCCAAUUGCCCUUCCCUAUAGCUCUUGCUGCGUCUGUGGUUUCUAGCUCUGUGGCAUCGCCAUCUUCAGCCCCUUCUGCUGCAAGGAGCGCGGUUGACCCACCAUCUAGUCCAGCCAAAUCGAGCCUUAAGCAGGUGACCAGCCGAAUACCGAGAAUUGGAGCAAAACCGUAUGCACGUACGGUAGAUCAGAAGGCUACGGAGAAAGCGAAGAGCACGAUCCCGAGGAUGGUCGAUCUGUCCAAGGUAUUCAAUCUUAUAGCUUUUGACAUCAGUCCGGUUCUGAUUUCUUUUCAGUCUGCGCCGAAGCCAAAGGUCAUGGAAAGUGUAACGAUUAUCAGAAGAGGCGUUAACAAGGCACCUGAAUCAAAUGUCCCUUCUGCUAGUUCCAGCUCUCGGGUGAAACCAACUAUCGUAACCUCGACGACACUGCUGAAGCGCAAGCGAGAGGCAGAGAGGUCUCCGGUCAAGCCUCGCCUCAUCACGCUACGGCAAGUCCCUCCAAUGCAGUCACCGAGCGAACCAUCAUCUUCUCAGAUCGCACCUGCACCUUCAACGUCUGCUGUUUCUUCGAAAAGCAAGAAACCUUCUGGGGGAACAAUUAGGAUACGUCGUGUGCCGGAUCCGCUGCCUAAGCCUCCAGUUGUCCCACAGCCAAAUCUACCUGAAAUCCUCACUCCUGUCGAACCUGGAGCCACGAUAAUUGUGUCUAAACCGCGAUCACCGCCCCAAGAACAAUCUAACGAAAAACUUCGACCAGUGACGCUUGAACCAGAGGUCCGAAGUGUCGACAAUGAUCACCUUCCACCUGGUUCCCCUAUGAAGCAGGAUCCACCACAGAACGAGCACGAGAAACCCGCACGAGUCGCGGCCCCGGCUAUCGUCGUCACUGAUACAACCUCAACCGCGGACUCCAACGUCAUUUCAGGCCUACGGCGUACCACUCGUUCUCGGCGGAUAGUCACGCAUGAUGUUAUCCCGGAAUCAAGCUCUCGAUCCUCUACGUCGCGUCGGAAAGCCGCUGUCUCAUUUCACUCGGACGACGUAUUCUCAAGCAUGAGCAUCACGGCACUGAAAGAUCUGACGACUUCCAAUACCGUCAAGAACCAGCAGUACCUUUCCGCCAAGCUCGAGACGGAGGUUAUUCGCAGGGAAGGUCUGAGGCCCGAGAGUCCUGCCGUUAAGAUUCGGACAAUAUCACAACGGCAGGAAGAGAAGGAAAGGCGGAGGGAAGAACGUGCACAACGGCGUGCGCGCAGGAGCGAUGAGAUGACUUCGAGUGACGUCGAGCCGUCGAGUGACAUAGGGUAUUCUAGCCCGUGCGAGGAAGAGAGCUCUGACAAAAAGGGUGAAUCACUGAUGAAGCACCAACGUGGGGCAGGGGACGAAGAUGAUUAUGAGACCCCUGAAAGACCAGAUUGCAGACGACGAUUGUUCGAUGAUCGGUCGACACCCGUUCCUCAAUCGCCUGUGCGAAGAGUCCAAUGGGAUAGAGGGCUAUUCACAACGGUGUAUAUCGACGAGGUCAAGCUCGGAAGCCGGCAGACGCUGAAGGAGAAUAGGGACUUGAAGGGUAUUCUAGCCCCGACAGCGAAGGCUCUUCGACUAGACAUGCUGGGAAAUUUGCUUCAGGUAGACACCCCACUUACGGACCUCGUACAAGAGAACAUCACUGUAAAGAAGUUCGUUUACGACAACGACAUCCCUGUCCGACCUCCACCCCCAGUGGCGAAGAGCACACGGUCAAAGGGCAAAAAGAAAUGA